AUGGCUACCACCAGGAAGCGCUACGCCAUCGUGGGCACGGGCGCCCGGUCCAGCUUCUUCUUCAAUGCCAUCGGGCAGGACUACCGGGCGACGGCGUGCGUGGUGGCGCUCUGCGACACCAACCAGACGCGCAUGAACCAGCGCAACAAGCGGCUCGAGGCCAUCGGGCACGGGUCGGUGCCGACGUACCCGGCCGCCGACUUUGACCGCAUGAUCGCCGAGACCAGGCCGGACGAGGUGAUCGUGACGACCAUCGACCGGACGCACCACACCUACAUCAUCCGCGCCCUCGAGCUCGGCUGCAACGUGGUGACCGAGAAGCCCAUGACGAUCGACGCGCCGCGCUGCCUCGACAUCCUGUCGGCGGUCGACCGGACCGGCGGCCGGGUGCGCGUCGCCUUCAACUACCGGUACGCGCCGCACAACACGAAGAUCUACGAGCUGCUGCGGUCGGGCGCCGUCGGCACCGUCACGUCGGUCCACUUCGAGUGGCUGCUCGACACGUCGCACGGCGCCGACUACUUCCGCCGCUGGCACCGCGACAAGCGCAACAGCGGCGGCCUGCUGGUCCACAAGUCGACCCACCACUUCGACCUCGUCAACUUCUGGCUGCGCACCCGGCCCCUGUCCGUCUACGCCCAGGGCGACCUCCGGUUCUACGGCCGCGAGAACGCCGAGGCCCGCGGCGUCACCCGCUUCUACAGCCGCGCCCGCGGCAGCGAGGCCGCCCGCGACGACCCCUUCGCCCUCCACCUGGACCGCGUGCCGGCGCUCAAGGAGCUCUACUGGGACGCCGAGCACGAGGACGGCUACUACCGCGACCAGAGCGUCUUCGGCGACGGCAUCAGCAUCGAGGACACCAUGAGCGUCCUGGUCCGGUACCGCAACGGCGCCGUCAUGACCUACUCGCUGACCGCCUACGCGCCCUGGGAGGGGUUCCGCGUCAGCUUCAACGGGACGGGGGGCCGGCUGGAGGUCGAGGUGGCCGAGAACAGCUACGUCAACGCGGCGGGCGAGCAGGGGCCCGAGGGGGCGGCCGAGCGGCGGUCCAUCCUGCUGCGGCCCCUGUUCGGCAAGCCGAGGGAGGUCGAGAUCCCCGCCGCGGACGGCGCCCACGGCGGCGGCGACAAGAUCCUGCUCCGCGACCUGUUCGGCGAGCCGCAGACCGACGAGUACAUGCGCGCCGCCGGCCACCUCGACGGCGCCGCCUCCAUCCUGACCGGCAUCGCCGCCAACAAGUCCAUGGCCACCGGUCAGGUGGUGUACGUCGACGACAUCCUGAAGCUUCCGGAUUGA